UUUGAUUUUGACCACUUGGUCCGUGGCUGGCUGGAAAUGACUUCUUCUUUUAAAGCAUAUACAACUAAUGUCUAUAAAUACCUUGUUAUUGGCCUCCUAUCACUUUUUGGCCACUUUGUUUCUCCCCCCUAAAUCCCAAAUCGAGCUCUGCUCUCUUUCUCUCUCCCCCUCUCCCUCUCGUUCCCUCACUCUGAAAUCGCUACACUCUCUCCUUUGACGAACGCUAGAGUCCUAAACCCCAUCUCUCUCUCUCUCCUUCUUUGGCAGUUUGAAGGCUCGAUCUCUCGAAUCUCUCGUCGCCACUGUGACAGAGGCUUGUCCGUUCAAUUCUCAAACUCCCCCAGUAUCCGUUAGAUUAUUCAUUCCCAUCACAUGAACAGGUCGAGUUCCUCUCUCUCUCUCCCACCACGAGGGAACCCUCGUGUAACCGACCACCACCUCCGAGGGUCGACAUCCACCUCUCCUUCCCUCAGCUCCUCUCACCACCGCCUCCGAGGGUCGAGUCCCGCCUCUUCCUCCCUCAGCUCCUCGCUCUCUCUCCCACAACGAAGCUCCACCAUCACUGGUCAGAUCAUCUUCUUUGAGUUCCACAAUGUAGAUGAAGUGGGUUGCGAAGCCAGUAAACAUCUAGCUAUGGAUGAUAAUCAGUUUAUGGUUGUGAUGAGUAAGUCAUCGCUCACACAAAGCAACACGAUGAUACCUAAAAAAUUUGUGCAAAAGAUUCAACUUGACGAACUUUGUACAAGUUGCAAACCUUUUUUCUCUCCACCUGUUAAUGUAAAAAAACAGUUGAGUGAUGUAAGAUUUGGCAUGUUCACCAUUAGAAUCAGUAGAAAAAUAUGCCUGGGUGAAUGGGGUAGGAAAAAGUGGCAACUAGAAAUUAAAAAUGAAUUAACAGGCAAGUGUAGAACAACUAUAGGUAGGAAGUGGCUCACAUUUGCAAGAGAGAACCAGCUUCUAGUUGAUGACCAUGUUGUUUUUAGGGUCCUUCCCUCCACUAUGGAGUUGGUGUUGGUUGGCGUUUAUCGCCACAACCCAGCUACUCCUCACCGUGCUUCCUUCGGUGUUCGCCCACAUGAGGCCCCUACCAGAGACCAAGAUCUGUCAGAGGUGUUACAAAAGUUUAAAGAUGAGAUAAAGCUUCGUGAUGAGGAGUUGGAAGCGAAAGAGGAAACUAUAAGGACACUAAGAAAUGAAAGAUUUUUAUUGGAGCAAAGAAUAUCUGGACUUGUGAAAACUCAAGCUGAUAAGAUUGAUUUUCUAGAGAACAAAAUUCAGCAAGAAUUAGCUGUUGCUAAUUCAACUCUUGCCAUCAUGAACUCUGAGAUUGCUUCAUUGCAAAGUAACUUAAAGGACAUCGAUAGAAAGAAUGAGUCCAUCUUGAGGAUGCAAGGGGCUCGAUUAGCUGAGUUGGAAGUGCUUUUCAAAGAGGAACAACUCAUGAGGAAGCGCUAUUUUAAUACUAUAGAAGGCAAGAUCAGAGUCUUUUGUCGAAUAAGACCUUUCACUGGAAAGGAGAUUGCAGAUGAAGAAAGAGGGGCUACUACAAGUCUUGAUGAGUUCACGCUUACACAUCCACACAGAGGUGAACUUAAAAAGCAUACAUUUCAUCGGAUAUUUGAUGGUUGUGCCACCCAAGAAGACGUGUUUGAAGAUACAAAGUAUUUGGUACAAUCAGCUGUAGAUGGGUACAAUGUGUGCAUAUUUGCAUAUGGGCAAACGGGUUCUGGAAAAACAUAUACCAUUUAUGGUUCAGAAACUAAUCCUGGACUCAUUCCACGGGCAACUGCAGAACUUUUUAAAAUAAUGAGUCGAGACAGAAACAAAUUCUCAUUUUCGUUGAAGGCAUACAUGGUGGAAUUGUAUCGAGAAACAUUUGUGGACCUUCUCUUACCAAAAAAUUCGAAGUCUUUGAAAUUGGAUAUCAAGAAAGAUCCGAAGGGUAUGGUUUUUGUUGAAAAUGCAACGGUUUUAUCAAUUUCAACAUAUGAUGAACUGAAAAGCGUCAUUCAAAGUGGCUUAGAACAAAGACAUAUAGCUGGAACUCAAAUGAAUGCAGAAAGUUCAAGAUCUCAUGUCAUACUUUCAAUUUUCAUUGAAAGUACCAACCUUCAAAUUCAAUCAGUUGGAAGAGGAAAGCUAAGUUUCGUGGAUCUUGCUGGUUCGGAAAGAAACAAGAAGUCAUGCUCUUCAGGCAGUGAACUUAAAGAAGCUCAAAGCAUUAAUAAAUCACUUUCAGCACUCGGAGAUGUUAUCAAAGCUCUGUCUGAACGGAAUCAACACAUACCCUACAGGAAUGAUAAACUGACGAUGUUGAUGAGUUAUUCACUUGCUGGUAAUGCCAAGACGCUAAUGUUCAUUAAUGUUUCUCCUGCCGAAUCAAAUAUGGAUGAGACAUACUGUUCUCUAUUGUUCGCAUCAAGAGUUCGAUUGAUUGCAAAUGAUCCAACCAAAAAUGUUGCUUCAAAAGAAGAAGAUCAAGAACAAUCUACAAAACCCAGUUCUUCCUCUUCCUCUCUGUUUUCUUCUUUACCCAAACCCAAACCCAAACCCAAACCCCGACUUCAUCUAUCUUCGAAUCCCUUCCGCAACCUAAACAAACCCAAACAAAGCCAUCUUUUCUCAAUAUGACAGCAUGUCUUGGCAUUGUUUGAGCAUUUUGGUUCAAUUUUGGGGGGUUUUGAAGUCAGUCUACGUGCCCUCUUCAGGAACAGCUUUUUCAGAAAAGGAAUUGUUGGGAAUAUGUAAGCAUUUUGGUUCAAUUUUGGGGGGUUUUGAAGUCAGAGUCUACGUGCCCUCUUCAGGAACAGCUUUUUCAGAAAAGGAAUUGUUGGGAAUAUGUAAGCAUUUUGGUUCAAUUUUGGGGGGUUUUGAAGUCAGAGUCUACGUGCCCUCUUCAGGAACAGCUUUUUCAGAAAAGGAAUUGUUGGGAAUAUGUAAGCAUUUUGGUUCAAUUUUGGGGGGUUUUGAAGUCAGAGUCUACGUGCCCUCUUCAGGAACAGCUUUUUCAGAAAAGGAAUUGUUGGGAAUAUGUAAGCAUUUUGGUUCAAUUUUGGGGGGUUUUGAAGUCAGAGUCUACU